UGUAGGUUUCGUUUAGAAUCUUUGAGGAUUGAAGUCCAUAAGGUAGGUUUAAUCCUUGCAGUUAAAGAUUAUUGAAGAAGAAGAAGAAGAUGAUUCGAUGGAUAAAAAAGAAGCUACGAAAAAUAAAGGUUGUUGAAGAUCACAAUAAUGAAGUUUCAGCAGAAAGAAACUCCCUCCAGGAUCAAAAACCUGUAGGUGAAAGAGAAGUAAAUGGCUUCGAGUACCAGAUACGAUCAAAGGACGAGGACAUACGACGUCUUGAGCACGAGCUAGCUAUGAAGGACGAGGAAAUGCGACGUCUUAAGAGCCAACUAGAUGUGGUAGAGAAGGAAUUUGCCAGCCUGAGGAUUGCCAUCUGGUCAGCUUGUAACGAUUUGAGCAACGCAGUUACCACUGCUGAUGAUGCUCUUAAGUUUACAGACAAAAGUCCUUCCAAGAACGGAAUUGAACAUUUCUUUACAGAAGAAGACCUCUAUGGAGCUGUGUCAUCGGCGCAGGGAGCGUACCCUGGUUAGAUAAAUAUCAAUGUUAAAAUAAUCCUAUUGAUCUAUUUUGAGGGGUAGCUUUCUAUUAUUUAAUAAAAGUAUACUUGAUAAAUGUGAUGUGAUAUAUAAGAAGUUUAUUUAGAAAACUAGUUAUCACCACUCUACCAUACUACACCACGUUGUUUUAUUCCAUCGAAGACAUACUGGUAAAUAAUUUAGAGUUUGAAGAGAGUUUUAGUUUUC